UCACUUUUUAUAAUUUUACAAUAUCGAAAAUUAGAGAUAUUAAUCGCCAAAAUAAUGCGUUGGCAAGCGUAAUAAAAGAAAUAUUUCAACUAAAUAAAAAAGGAGGUAGUAAACACGAAAAAAAAUAAAAUAAAAAGGAGAUAGUAAAAUUUUCUUACACGAGUAUAGAUCAUUAACAAAGAUCAAAGUAAUGGAGUAGGUUGGUUAAAGGUUUGGAGUGAUACUAUAGGUGAUAAAAAAUCGGGCCGGGUCGAGCCUUAACGUCAUAUUUUAUGUCGAAAUCCGCAAAAAGUAGUAGAUUUAUCAGACAAAGCGGGCUUUUCGAACUUUUUUCAGGCCAGAUCAAGUAUUUAACUGAAAAUGCGCUUUUAGGCUUAUCCAAACCCGCCUUAUUUUUGGGUCGGCUUAAGCCGGGCUAGCGGGCCGAGCCAAGGUCACUUCUAAGACGUACUCCUUAAUUGAAAAAAGUUGUUUCAAAAAUAAAAAAAAAUUGAAAAAGGUUUAUGCAUCGAAACGACGUCGUAUAUCGUUUAGGGACAUGGAAUUCAAAAAAAACAAGCCCAAAAUUCAUUUCCAAAUUCAUAUCGUCUCAAACAAGCUUUCACCUUCCCUUAAACCCUCCAAUGGCGGUUUCUCUCUCCUAAACCCUCACCAUUUCCACCAUCUUCUUUUUUCUCUCUCCUCCAACAAUGGGCGAAAACAUCAAAUUCUACGCUUUGGUAAGACUCUUCCACCAUAUUUCAACCUCAAGAACUGCCCAAAUCAAACGCACUAAAUUUCGCAGAUUCCUCGAUUCUUACUGCGUGAAACCCACUGAUUAUUUCCCUUCAAUCCGCUUAAUUCUACCUUCAUUAGACCGCGAAAGAGGUUCCUAUGGUCUCAAAGAAGCUUCCCUCGCUCUCCUCCUUCUCGACGCACUCGCUGUUUCUCGGGAUUCCGAAGAUGCCCAGAAGCUCAUCAAUUGGCGAAAAGGAGGUUCCAGAAUCGCCGGAAAAUACGCCGGAAACUUCUCUAUGGUCGCCGCCGAAUUCCUCCAACGGCGGCAGUCUUCCGUCUCCGGCGAGUUGACUAUCCGGGAAGUGAAUGAUCUCCUCGAUCGGCUUGCGAAUGCGGAUACUCGCAAUGCGAAGGUGGAUGUGCUGGGGGAGAUGAUAAGGAAGACGAAUCCGUCGGAGAUGAAGUGGAUAAUUGUGAUCAUAUUGAAGGAGUUGAAGAUUGGGAUGACUGAGAAGAGUAUAUUUGAUGUGUUUCAUCCUGAUGCUGAGGAAUUGUUCAACGUAACGUGUGAUUUACGGCUAGUUUGUGAGAAAUUGACUGAUCCGAAAGUCCGGCAUAAGCGGCAGGACAUUGAGGUUGGGAAAGCUGUGAAACCUCAGAUGGCUGAGAGAGCUGCGAGCUGUGGAGAAGCUAUGAAGAGGCUUCAUAGGAAGGAAGUCGUCGCCGAGGUUAAGUUCGAUGGAGAAAGGUUUCAAGUUCAUAAGAAUGGCGGGAAGGUAAAAUUCUAUUCUAAAAAUUAUAAAGAUCAUAGUGAAUAUGAACCUGCUAUGUCGAAUGUUAUAAUUGAGAAUGUGUUAGUUGAUAAGUGUAUACUUGAUGGGGAGCUGUUGGGUUGGGAUAGUUCGAGGAAUAAAUUUACCAAGUUCGGGUUGAAUCAGGAGAUGGCUAAGGCUGCUAGGGAAGGUAUAGAGAGUGAUAGGAAAUUGUGUUAUGUUGCUUUUGAUGUUUUGUAUGUUGGGGAUACUAGUGUGAUUCAUCAAACAUUGAAAGAGAGGCAUGAACAUCUUAGGAAGGUUGUGAGAACUGUAAAGGGUCGUUUAGAGACCUCGGUGCCAAAUGCCAAUCGCGGUGAUGGUGAGCCGUGUUGGUCUAUUGUGGCUAACCAUGUGGAUGAUGUUGAGAGGUUUUUUAAGGAGAAGGUUGGGAAUGAGGGGGAAGAAGGGAUUGUUAUAAAAGACCUUGGUUCGAAGUGGGAACCGGGUGAUAGGAAUAAGAAGAAGUGGGUUAAAGUGAAGCCUGAUUAUGUUAAUGCUGGGUCUGAUUUGGAUGUUCUGAUCAUUGGAGGGUAUUAUGGUUCAGGUCGUCAAGGAGGGGAGGUGGGUCAGUUUCUGGUUGGCCUUGCAGAGAGGCUUACUCCAGGUACUUACCCUAGGAGGUUUGUUUCCUUUGCUAGGGUGGGUACAGGACUUACUGAUGAAGAGCGUGAUGAAUUGGUGACUAAGUUGAAGCCGUAUUUUAGGAAGUCUGAGAAGAAGUCAGCCCCGAGUUUUUAUGAAGUUACUAAUAAGGAAAAGCCCGAUGUUUGGGUUGAGAGCCCUGAGAAGUCAGUGAUUAUGUCAAUUUCUAGUGAUAUUCGUCCCAUACUUUCUGAUGUGUAUGCCGCACCUUACUCCUUGAGGUUUCCUCGGUUUGACUGGGUAAGAUAUGACAAGCCUUGGCAUGAAUGUCUUGAUGUUCAGUCUUUCUUGGAGAUAAUACAAUCGAGUGGGACAACACGAAGAGGAGGUGCAGAAGGGUUUUCAGAUGGUAAAUCAAAACGUGGAAGGGCUGCAAUAAAGGGAGGAAGGCUCAAUGUCACAGUUCCUUCUCAUUUCACUCGGACUGAUGUUUCUAGUGUGAAGGGGGAAUCACAAAUAUUUUCUAAUAAGGUGUUUUACUUUGUGAAUGUGCCUUCUGAUCAUUCCUUGGAUUCUAUGCACAAGUUGGCUGUCGAGAAUGGUGGAACUUUCUCCAUGAAUUUGAAUGACACCGUUACUCUUUGCAUCGGUGCAGAGAGUCGAGGGAUCAAGUAUGAGGUAACAAAGAGCCGUGGAUGUGACAUUAUCCACUACUCUUGGGUUCUCGAUUGUUGCUCGCAGAAGCAGCUUCUUCCCUUGAGGCCCAAACAUUUUGUCUUCCUUUCGGAUUCUUCAAGAAAGAAGUUACAGGAGGAGAUUGAUGAAUUCUCAGACUCUUACUUUUGGGACGUUGAUGUUGCUGAGUUGAAACAGACUUUUGGCAAUGUAAAUAGAUCAGAAGAUGCAAAAAUGGUUGACCAUUACAAAAAAAAGUACUGUCCGUGUGAAAAAUGGGGUCGUUUCCAUGGUUGCUGCAUAUAUUUCUAUUUAUGUGCAAAGUCCCACUGUUCUAAUUGGGACAUCUUUUUGAAAAUAGCCACAAGGAGGAUGAAAGCAGAAGUUUCUGUAGGUGGUGGGAAAGUUUGUGACAACCUUUCUCAAGCAACUCAUAUAGUAGUCAUGUCAAUUCCCGGACAUGAGCUGAAGUUUGAAACCUUGUUGCAGAGUUUUCCAGGAGACCAAAAGUACAUCUUACGUAGAAAAAGACUACAUGUUAUUGGAUCACAGUGGUUGGAGGAUUGUCUCAAGGAGGGGCAGAAAUUGCCAGAAGUAGCAUACAACCUGAAGCCAACUACAUAUGAAGAAUCUACCUCUGAAGAGGAGAAAGGUGGAGAUGAAAAUGUUUAUGGGAAGCACCCAACUUCCUCUGCUCAUGAAGAAAAGUCGAGUGAAUCUGUUUUAGAAACCAUUCCUCAUAUUAGGGAACCCAGAAGAAAACGAGGAAGGCCUGUUGGAACUAGCACUAAGAAAAGCAAAACCGUUGUCAGCAAACCUCCAGUAACAAAAAGGGCCAGAGUUGGAAGCAAGCCUGCUAAAUUACAGGAAAUUGCCUUUGAUAAUGAGAGUCACAAGACUAGUAAGCAAGAAGCUGAUGCACCAGUUGCAGCGAGCCCUGAACAUAAAAUGCAUGAUCAUGUUUUUCAGGGGAUUGCUUUUGAUCAUAAGCCUGCCAAGCAAGAUACUGAUACACUGGAAAAAUCUGGUCUUGAAACUGAGAAUAUUGGAUUAGGUUCAAGACAUGGUUUAUCAAGCAGUAACGAGGAGAGUAAGGAAGAAAACAAGACUGAUGAACUGAUGAAAGCAAGCCCUGAACAUGAACUGGAUGAUAAGCCUAGUCACCGGAAGACUAAUGCAACAGGAAAGUUUGGUCUUGAAAAGAAUGAAGAGAAUACGGUUGAGCACAAGCCUGAUUUAAAUGCGACAGGGACACACUGCUUGGACAAUGCUGGCUCUGUUACUUGCAGUAAACCUGAUAAAGAUAGUGAUUACUCUACUUCAGGGAUGUUGCUAGAUUUGAUCCCAAGUCUCAAAAGGUUGUCUGAAGAUGCGAAUGUUAAUUUACCAUCAACACUAACACAAGAGGAUUCUUCCAUGGAAUCACCCACUGGAGAACCAGUGAAGAAGAAGAAAGUUAGCUAUAGGGAACUUGCAAAGCAGCUACUUAAAGAUUGAUGGUCUGAUCACUCUGAUUUGAUUUAAUUGACUAUUUUCUGUUUUUGUGAUCAGUUGUUAUAUGUUGUACAGUGACAAUUGAAUGUAUCUUGCAUAAUCUACUCUCUAGGCCCCGUUCUCUUCU